CUUAUGUCUUUUUUUCAAUCUCUGUAGAUGAAUUGGUUCAAGGGAUGGAAGAUCGAGCGCAAGGAAGGCAAUGCUUCUGGCACCACCCUGCUGGAGGCUCUGGAUGCCAUCCUGCCUCCCGCCCGCCCCACCGACAAGCCCCUCCGUCUGCCCCUGCAGGAUGUCUACAAAAUUGGAGGUAUUGGAACUGUCCCCGUCGGCCGUGUUGAGACCGGUGUCCUGAAGCCCGGUAUGGUCGUCACCUUUGCUCCCCCUGCCCUGACCACUGAGGUGAAGUCUGUGGAGAUGCACCACGAAUCUCUGCCUGAGGCUGUCCCUGGUGACAAUGUCGGUUUCAACAUCAAGAACGUGUCAGUCAAGGAAAUCCGUCGUGGAUACGUGGCUGGCGACAGCAAGAACGACCCACCCAAGGGAGCUGACAACUUCAAUGCUCAGGUCAUCAUCCUGAACCACCCUGGCCAGAUUAACGCUGGUUACGCCCCUGUGCUGGAUUGCCACACCGCUCACAUUGCCUGCAAGUUCACCGAACUGAUCGAGAAAAUUGACCGUCGUUCUGGCAAGAAGCUUGAGGACGCUCCCAAGUUUGUCAAGUCUGGAGACGCCGCCAUUGUCAAACUGGUCCCACAGAAGCCCAUGGUUGUGGAGCCCUUCUCCAACUACCCUCCCCUCGGUCGUUUUGCUGUGCGUGACAUGAGGCAGACAGUGGCCGUCGGUGUCAUCAAGGCUGUUGAGACCAAGGAAGUCUCUGGAAAGACAACCAAGGCUGCAGAGAAGGCUGCCAAGAAGAAAUGAAUGG